AUGAAAAUGUCGCCGUUUACUCUGGCUCUUUACGUCUCAGCAGGUUUAUUCACACUGUAUGUGCUGCUGAAAGGGUCCAGAAGGAUUUCUUUAGGUUUGGAUUUUUUUUUCCUUAUAUAAUCUUUAUUGAAUCUACUUAUCACAAAUUUGAGAAAAAAAGAUAUUUUUUGUGCAUUAUUCGCGAAAAAUGAUGCUAGAAAAGAAUUUACGACGUUUUCCUAAUGAAUUUAUUUGUAACUGAGGUUGGAGAUUUUUUCUGUUCGAAAACUUAUUAAAAAGUUCGCAGACGCUCACACAAGACAAUUGACAUCGUACCUCGCUCCUUCACUUUCGAUACCUUCUCAAAGAGUUAUAAAUCUUUUUGAGGCUCAGGUGAAAUAAUCAACAUUUUGUAAAAAUCAAGGAGAUUUUUCAGGCCCCUCAGAGACAAAAUAACUUCAAAAAGUUGGUUCGCGGAGUCGGUGGUUAUUUUUCCUUAUACAAUAACGUCGUUCCAGAAGUUGGCUCCCGAGUCUCUCAAUUUUGAUCCGAGUUAUUUAGGUUUUCUGUCCAGAACUCGUAAGAGUCGGUACAACUCACGACGGCGGAAAAUGGAUGUGCAAUCCGUUCAGGUUUCUAUUACAAGCUCGAAAAACUUUCUCAUCGAAAAAUAAGAAGAAAUUUAUAACUUAUUUCCAUGUAAAAACGUCGAUAGAACGCUAAAGAAAUUUUCAUUGCAUUGAAGCUGGAAAACGUAACCUUGAAGGAAAUAAAUAAGGCGAUCUUUGGAAGACAAGGAAAUGAGAUAAACGGACGAAAGACGAUCAAAAACCUCACUUAAACAUUGAGAACGGGAAUUACCUCCAAAGUUUACCUACGUCGAUCGACAUUUUGGAGCAAUGCUACCAACCAGCUCCUUGCGUUGAAUGACGUCGGAAACAGAAAAAAACAGCAGCAAAGGAAACUUGAGAAGUUUUGUUUUAGCCUACCAAAAAGCUGCACGAUCCUCUCGUUGGGACUUCACAACGAGAUUUCCUUCGAACGGCAACUUCAGUCUUUGACUGAUAAUACGUGUUCGAUUCUUGGCUAUGAUAUGGUUUUUUGAAACUUCUUUACAAAAUGAAUUCAUAGGUUUAGAUCCGACAACGGCAAAGUAUUCAACAGCAAAUGGCUCAAAUUAACGGAAAAGUGAAGUUUGAAAAUUAUUCAUUCCAUGAAUUUUUUUUUCAGAUCAAAAAAACGAAAAUUGUCAAGCAUUCUCAACCAGAAAACAACGAGUUCACAAUUGAAGAUUUGCUGAAACAGGAAGACACAACGGAAGUUGAAAUUUUGAAAAUUGAUAUUGAAGGUUAUUUUUGCGCUUUCUAGAUUCUUGAGAAAUUGCCGCAGACUAUGAAAUUGAGUUAAAAUAAACUGAGAAUUAGCUUACAGUAAACAUUUAGAGUCAAAAGUUCAAUAGAAUUCUCGGUCUUCAAAGUCAACACAAUAUAUUUUUCGCUAGAAAAGAAAUUUGAAUUCCUUCAGUAAUUUUAUAAUAAAAUUAUUAUCAUUAACGGAAUUUUGAGUAACGUUUGACAGGUCUUAAAAAAAAUUCAAUCACUUCCGGUGGAACCAAAAUAAAAUGUAGAAUUUAGGAACCGAAUUCGACGUCCUUCUGGAUUUCCUCGACAAGUUCCAAGUGGCACAGGUCAGUUGAGACUCCGAGAAAAUAUUGAAAUUUUUUGUUUCAGAUUCUAAUGGAAGUACACAACGGCCCAACAAAAAUGGCCCGACUUCUGACCCAACUUUCUGCAAGAGGAUAUUGGCUUCUAAGCUAUGAAAUCAACGGGAAAUUCCAUCGUUUGAGUGAAUUCUCGUUCAUUCAUGAGACGGCUUUUGAUCGUUACGGGGCAACGCCUUUGGCUCAGUAUCUGAACAUCAUAGGCGAGCCCUUUUUAUUUUGAAACGUUUUGGAAGUGAUGGAUUUGGAGCUUUAAGUAGGUCAAAAUUUAGAGAAAAGGAAGGUUUUUGUUAGAAGAUGAUGAAACUUUGUCGAGAGAGGUGUCCAAAAUUUUGCCCUAAAUGCUAUGGUUGCUAAAAAAAAACAAUAAACCUCUUUUUUCUUACAAAGAAGUUGUUAAAUUUGAGAGCAUCAUAACUGCAGCAACAACCCGGAAAUGCAAUUUUUCGAUCGGUUUGGAAACAAAGUAUCCUUUAAGCGAAGUUUCAUUGAAAUCCGAACCGGACAUUUUCUGCACUUCCCUUGUUUGUUUUCAGAGUAGAGUGUGAAUUUUCAAAGUCAGAACAAACUCAUAAAAUACCGAAAAAUGUCUACAAUGUCUAUUUUCUAGAAGAUCCAAGCGAAGGAGAAGAAAGUGCAUCGGUUGAAAAAGAAGAGACGGGAAACAGCGAAGAAGCUGAAGACAAGACGCAACAAAAUGAAGAGAGAUGA